AAAUAUCAGUGUAAUCAGUGUUUUGAGGGUAGAUGAAUAAUUGUCAGAUUAGUGGAAUUAUUGAUGUGUUAGUUACAUUUAUUGACAAACAAACAAAAACAGUGGUCUUAGCGAUGGUCUUUAUAGAUUUCUUUUUAGGUUUCGAGAUGGAAUAAAGCAAGGUGCGUGUCGUAGCACGUGACGCUGUUGCCAGGGUAACCGUGACAACACUGUGACAAGCGGAGGCGAAGCAGAAUGGCGACGUUGGCGUCCAUUGAUGCAGUAAGAAGAAAGAUAGUAAUGUUACAGCAAGUGGCUUAUGAGGCGGAGGACAGAGCCGAGAUGUUGCUUCGACAGGUGGACACCGAGAACCAGGCCAGACGGGCGGCUGAGGCCGAGGUGGCAUCUCUGAACAGACGCAUCCAGCUGGUGGAGGAGGAGUUGGACCGAGCUCAGGAGCGACUGGCCACUGCUCUUCAGAAGCUGGAGGAGGCUGAGAAGGCGGCCGAUGAGAGUGAGAGAGGAAUGAAGGUGAUUGAGAACAGGGCCGGCAAGGAUGGGGAGAAGAUGGAGAUCCAAGAGAUGCAGCUAAAAGAGGCCAAACAUAUUGCUGAAGAAGCUGAUCGCAAAUAUGAAGAGGUGGCACGUAAACUGGUCAUUCUGGAGGGCGAUCUGGAGCGUUCGGAGGAGCGUGCCGAGGUGGCCGAGGCACGAGUGAGGGAGCUGGAAGAGGAGCUGGCCUUAAUGGACCAGAAUGUGAAAUCUAUGAUGUGCGGAGAGGAAGAGUACUCACAAAAGGAGGACAAAUACGAAGAGGAAAUUAAACUUCUUACCGACAAACUUAAAGAGGCGGAGACCCGAGCAGAGUUUGCAGAACGGUCUGUGGCCAAGCUGGAGAAAACCAUUGAUGAUCUGGAAGAUGAAGUCUAUGCUCAGAAACUAAAGGGCAAGGCUCUCAGUGAGGAGCUGGACCUGGCUCUCAAUGACAUGACCACUCUGUAGCAGCUUUCCUCCUGCUUCUUCUCUGCUUGCCUGCCGCUGUUCUACUGUGGAAUGAUCAGCCACCAACUUCUUAGCAGAUCACACCCUGCCACCACAGUGUGGUGUUCUCUCCGAGCUAGAUUUGCUUUCAUUGCAGUGUGUUUUGCUGAGCUAGCAACUCUCUACCUUAUUUUCACUGUGGAAAUGUUUACUUGCCGCACUGCAUUGUAAUAAAUCUAUUUCAACCCUCUA